AAGGUAAAGCAGGAUCAGGCGCCGGCUCUUCGUUGGUGGCGUUCCGGCGCUAGGACCCAGCGGCAGGGCUUGCUACACCUGUGUCGAGGGCGGCGAAGUUCCCCACUGCCUCGCCUGAGGUCGGCUGCAGGUGAGAAGUCAGGCAGGCAGGCCGGCAGGCGGGCGGUUGCCCCUCCCUUCCUCGACCUCGCCGGCUCCAUCCCCCGCGACGAGCUUUGCGCGUGAACUCGCUCCUCCGAGCCGACCUCUUCCCGAGCUCUUUCUGGUUUAGAAAUCCUGGCAACGAGUUGUUCUUUUGAAUAGGGUGUCGCUUGCCUCCUGUCAAACUGAGAAAAGGACAUCCUGUUUGGACUAGGUGGAGUUUGGAAGAAGAUGGUGAGAUUCUACAGAUUAACCAAAGCUUUGAGAAGAGUGCACCUUUGAUGAAGGAAUAAUUGCUGGACGUCAGCCGUGAUGAGGCUUCUCCGAAGGCAUUAUGCCCCACUAAAGCUAGCUUUGGUGGGUGUUGUCUUUGUAAUCUUCCUCUUCAUAAUGCAAAGAGAUGUGGGCAAUGGGGAACAAAAGGAGGAACCAUGGCUGAAAAAUAUUGUGGACAGGAAAGACCAAAUGAUAGACAUAAUGAUGGGAGCUGUCAACAACAUCCGUGACUCUAUGCCAAAGUUGCAGAUCCGGGCACCUGCUCAACAGGAGGUACCUGUACAGGACAGCAAGUCUUGCUUGCCAGGUCAUUAUACACCAGCAGAACUGAAGCCCUUCAUGGAACGUCCACCACAGGACCCCAAUAGCCCAGGUGCUGAUGGAAAAGCUUUCAAGAAGGAUCAGUGGACACAAGAAGAGACAAAGGAGAAAGAACAUGGAUAUGAGAAGCACUGCUUCAAUGCCUAUGCCAGUGACCGUAUUUCUCUCCAGAGGGCCCUGGGACCUGACAGUAGGCCUCCAGAGUGCAUCGAUCAAAAGUUCAAACGCUGUCCACCCCUUCCGACCACCAGCGUCAUUAUUGUCUUUCAUAAUGAAGCCUGGUCAACGUUGCUUCGCACCGUCUAUAGUGUGCUGUACUCUUCUCCAGCUAUAUUGUUAAAAGAAAUAAUUCUUGUAGAUGAUGCCAGUACAGAUGACUACUUGAAAGACGAGUUGGACAACUAUGUGAAGCAAUUGCAGAUAGUCAGGGUUGUCCGACAGUUGGAGAGGAAGGGCUUAAUAACUGCCCGAUUGCUUGGUGCCAGUGUUGCUACGGGUGACGUACUCACUUUCUUGGAUGCUCAUUGUGAAUGUUUCCAUGGAUGGUUAGAACCUCUCCUAUCACGCAUUGCUGAAGAGCCCACAGCUGUGGUCAGUCCAGAUAUCACCACCAUUGACCUGAACUCCUUUGAAUUUUCCAAGCCAAUCCAAUAUGGGAAGCAGCACAGUCGGGGAAACUUUGAUUGGAGUCUCACUUUUGGCUGGGAGGCUAUCCCUCAACAUGAGAAGCAGAGAAGAAAAGAUGAGACUUACCCAAUCAAGACUCCUACAUUUGCUGGUGGUCUCUUUGCCAUUUCCAAGUCCUAUUUUGAACAUAUUGGCUCCUAUGAUGAUCAGAUGGAAAUCUGGGGAGGGGAAAAUGUAGAGAUGUCUUUUCGGGUUUGGCAGUGUGGAGGCCAGCUAGAGAUCAUUCCCUGCUCAGUAGUUGGCCACGUGUUCCGUUCCAAAAGUCCACACACCUUCCCCAAAGGGACUCAGGUCAUCUCUAGGAAUCAGGUGCGCCUGGCAGAAGUCUGGAUGGAUGACUAUAAGGAGAUCUUCUACAGAAGGAACCAGCAGGCCUCUCAGAUGGCCAGAGAGAAAACAUAUGGAGACCUCACUGAGCGACUGCAGCUGAAGGAGAGGUUACACUGCAAAAAUUUCACGUGGUAUUUACAAACUGUUUAUCCUGAGAUCUUCAUUCCAGACCUUACCCCAGCUUUCUAUGGAGCGAUUAGAAAUGAGGGCGCCAAGCGCUGCCUGGAUGUUGGAGAAAACAACCAUGGUGGAAAGCCAUUGAUUAUGUAUCCCUGUCAUGGGAUGGGAGGCAAUCAGUACUUUGAAUACACGUCCCAGCGAGACCUGCGACACAACAUUGGCAAGCAGCUGUGCCUCCGAGCCAAGAUAGGACCUGUUGAGUUGGGAGAUUGUCACUAUACGGGGAAACACUCCCGAGUGCCAGAAAAUGAAGAAUGGGAACUGACUCAUGAUCAUCUGCUUAAAAAUAUGGCAAUUAACCGGUGUUUGUCUGCAAGAGGUGAACAUCCAUCCAUGGCUCCCUGCAACACUGCAGAUGCCCAUCAAAUUUGGUACUUCAGCUAAGCAGUCCAAGAAAGACCAAAGCAGCUCUGGAAAACAUCUCCUGUCAAAGUUCCCAUUCUUCUGAGCUCACUUUCCAGCAACAGAGGGUACAUUCACGGAGAAGAGAGGGGGACCAAUUUGCUGUAUAACCCAACAUUUGCCUGUAACACUCUUGUGCCUUUUAUAAUAGGAAGGUCAAAACAGCCAACCUUGGUAUAUCUGUUCAUUUGGGCUUUCUUGAUAAAAAAAAGUAAAGGCUGGUAUGUUUGCUCUUUAGAAUACCAGGUAUAUUGUCCAUCAAAGCUCCACGCUAUGAGGCAGACAAUACUGGUGAUGUUUAUUUGGCUGUAGAGGAAAAGUGGCCAUUGGCCAGAUGUGAAAUCAAACAUUUCCCUAAUUUGUAUGUUGUGAGCAUUGUAGGAAGUAGUGCUUCGAGGCUCUGUCCUAAGGGAUAAAUUGUCUGUCUGUGGUAUAGUUUAGAGAAUAAUUGGAUGCCAAAGAUAAUGACUUUAAUCUGUUACAUAGGAAAUGCAACUUCUGACAAUACUGAGCAUUGGAAGGAGAAAUUACUCCAUAAUUCUAAUGCUUUCUCAACUGUCUUAAAGGUCUUUGCACUGACAUGCAGGUGAGUAGCAGGUGAACUUUUGCUUCCAAAGACUCAGUGCAGCCACCUGCGAUUAAAGAAGUAAAUGCUGGCCUGCAGUAUUGUUGUGCGACUGAAAUCCUAGCCCUUUGCACAGGCUGUGGCCAGUGCUUUACCUCAAGCUUUGGAACUUUCGCCAGCACACUGCAGAUAGCACUGACGAUUCGGUGGGAGAAGAAAAACCUGUGUCUUCUAGCUGAUCAGCCCUCUCCCGGCAGAUUGAAGGGAAGGGAUGGAGUAAGUUUGUUGGCACCUCCUUAUGACCCCUGUGUCUGGACUUGACAUGCCUUUUAGCCCUCCUAACCCCUGCAGUCUAGGCAUUGAGAAGGCUGCAACCUGGUUCCACUCUCCACCGGUCUGCAUGACUCAACAGGGCUGGCUUUCCUAGACUGCACGGUGUAACAUCCUGCAGUGGGGGCAGGGGUGUGGCUUACUUCAGACACAUCCAUAGCCUUACUUGUACACUGCAAUGCCAGGAAUCAGGAAAGCUGCUAAUGUGCCUUUAAAGAAAACAAAACAAAACACAACACUAGCAGAGGAAGAAGCUGUAUCUCAUGAGAAACCAGCUGCCAAACUAAUUGCUAACUCACAUCAGUGGAUGGGAGUUAAAGCAAUGCAGAAAACCAAAUUGUGUGCGUGUAUAUUUGUGUUUGCAUUAUGUUGACAAGAAUACCCACCAGGAAAGCAAAAAGAGUAAAGGGAUAAUGUUUAUUGCUAAUUACAAUGAUCUGCUAGACCAAAAACUUGCCCUUAUUGUUUGUUUGGAAUGUUUCUAAGAAAAUAUUCGGUUUCCUGGAUUUCCUUGGAUAAGGGGGCAGGGGGGAGAGAGUCCUCUCUUUCUGUAACAAGAUCGUCAGCUCUUGUUGUAACAGCAACUUUCUCAUAACAGACAAUGUUGGUAAUUCUUGUAACCUGUAAAUAAUCAGCAUUUUCACUGUCAAUGGAAUGCAUAAGUCCAAAGGGAAAAAUAGAUUCUGGACUUUUGUAAGUACUGCGUAUUUUAUGAGCACACCACACUUUUUAAUACGGAUUGGAUGACAAUACGGAUCAAAAUCUAUCUGUGCGUGAUUCCAUCUUUCCCUUUUUAAAGGACAAGGUUGGUUUCUAUACAAUUUUUACCAUUUCUGAAGAAUGAUGACGUGGUGAAAGAACUUAGAUUUUGAAUGCAGAAGCUAGCAUUAGAAGUUUUGGUUCAUUUGCAGGAAAAUUUUCAGUUGGAACAAAGUCUUGCUCUGGUAAUCCUGACUGGAAACAAUAAAGCUUAUAAUUGUAUUUUAUGAGGAAAUCA